CUGCGGUCUGGCCACGCGUGGGGGAGCGUGCCGGAUCGGAGCCCCUCCCCGUGGCUGCCCGGUGCCCGUGGCACGCAUCCGCAGAGGGAGCGGGACUGACACGGCUGGAGAGGACCGGCGUCGUGAUAGAGAGACCAGCGCUCUGCUGAGCUGAGCUGAGCUGAGCCAUCAGAGAGCAGGACUCUGGAAUCACCAUGGCUCUGGUGCUGCUUCUCACCGGCCUGAUGCUGCUCCUGCUCCGCAGAGCCCCAGGUGCGGGUGCCCAGGCGGUUCAGGACUUCACGCUGGAGCAGCCCCAGGACAACGUGGUGGUGACAGCGGGACAGAUGCUCACCCUGAACUGCACCACCAAAACCAAUUCCAUCCCCGGCCCUGUGAAGUGGCUGAAGGGCUGGGGCACUGGGAAUGAGACCAUCUAUGACCAGACGGGAUUCUUCCCCCACGUGACGAGGGCAGUGAAUGAGUCCAACACGGACUUGACCAUCCACAUCAGGGAUGUUCGACCCGAGGAUGCUGGCACCUAUUACUGCGUGAAGUUCCGCAGAUCUCUGGAUGGUGAUGAGCCGUAUCUGCGUGGAAAGGGCACGGUGGUGUCUGUACGUGCCAAACCCACCCACCCGGUCGUGUCUGGGCCCGGCCACAGAGAGAAGCCAGGGCAGUCAGUGCCUUUCACCUGCACAGCUGGAGGGUUCUUCCCCAAGGACAUCGAUGUGAAAUGGCUGAAGGACGAGGCCCAGAUCUCAGCUCAGCAGCCCCAGAUCACCCUUGGGCAGACAAAUUCCUCCUACAACAUGGCCAGCACCGUGACGGUGACGCUGCAGAAGGACGAUGUCCGCUCACGGCUGGUCUGCGAGGUGAAGCACCCCGUGCUGACGGCCCCGCUGAGGGGGACGUACCAGCUCGGGCAAGCCCUGCGAGUCUCCCCCAGCAUCCGCCUGCUCCCUGACCCGCCGAGCCCUGUGGAGGUGAACAAGACCAUGAGCUUCACCUGCCACGUGAAAGGGUUUUACCCAGGAAACGUGACCGUCACCUGGCUGGAGAAUGGGACGCAGAUGAAGGAGGAAAACAUCUCCCGGCCAGAGGAGCCCCCCUCGGGCUUGUUUGAGCUGAGGAGCCAGCUGGAGGUCCAAGCAACGGAGGAGAAGAACGGGUCCGUGUUGACCUGCCGGGUGGUGCACGAUGCCCAGGCCCCUGAUGACAGGAUAACCACCCUGCGGAUCGUCGCCCCGGCCAGGGAGGGGCUGAGCGACCGGUCCCAGUCAGGUGUGAGCGUCCUGUCCAGCCCCGGCCUGUGGCUUGGCAUCCUGCUGGAGAAGGGGCUCCUGGGCGGCCUCCUCAUCUUCCUCUUCAAGCGCGGGAGGGCAUGAGGAGGGAAACACCGGGGCCGCAGCCCCAUCUUGCUCCAUGUCAGCCCGCGGUUUGUCCGGUCACAGCGCUGGGAGUGGGUCCCAGGGGCUGGGUUGCCGCCAGUUUUGUCACGCGUAGCUGGAAAUAAACAGGCUGGGAUGCACA